UAUUGACCUUUAAAAAUCACACCGUUGUCAUCAGAGGUUAUUUGAGCAGCUUACACUGACAAGGAAACUUUAUUACGACAGACCGUGAUCGAAAAUCCUUUAGUCCGUAACAAUGUCUCAUCAAAAGACCGAAGUGGUUUCCAAGUCCAACGAAUUAACUUUUCUGAGGACAGUGGAUUUGGAAUGCUGUAUUUGGUGAGUUGAAUAUCAUUGCUGGCUGUCAUAUUUUGCCAUCGUUUUUGUUACCGCUCAUUUCCAGUGCUAUUAUACCGCCACAUUCCUUUUCAGUUAUAGCAUCGUGUCAAGGCCCGUUACCCUUGCCUGUGGGCACUCUGGCUGCAAAAAUUGCAUGGAAACUUGGGCAGAAUCGACAGCCACACCGUUGUGUCCCCAGUGUCGGGCAAGGUUCCGAAAAGAAGAGCUGAGGUUAAAUGUGGCAAUGGAUAAGGCGACCCGAGAUUUGCCUGUUAAAUGUAACAGCCAAGGCUGCCAGUGGAAGGGCAACUAUAGCGAUGCCAACGAUCACCUCAGACAUUGCCCAAAAGUACGAGAGAGGUGCCCCAACGAAGGAUGCCAGCACGUGGCGGCACGGGAAGAAAUGACAGCACACGCUUGCCCAAAAGAAAGGAUCGCAUGUUCAGGAUGCCAACUGAGCGUAACCAGGGAAAGACUCCAAUUCCACCGUACAUCUUUAUGCAGAAACUCUGCAGUUCUAUGCCCCUUGAGAUGUGGAGCAUCAUUACCACGAAUGAACAUCAACCUACAUCUACACAAAUGCCCAGAGAAGGCUUCAAUGUGCCAAGUACCUGGCUGCAAAAAAAUUGUGAAAAAGAAGGACAUGAAUGUCCAUUUGAAGGAAGCAAGUACCUCGCAUUUUGCACUCCAAUCAGGAGAAAUCAAACGACUGCGAGGAAUAAUAUACUACAAGAAAUGCAACAUAGAACCCAUAGAGCCCAAAGUGGAAAGGGUUGUCUCCUUUUGCUGGAGAAUUCCAAAUUUUGUGGAGAGCAGGAGACAACAAGCUUCAGAUGCCAUUGGAGACAAGCCCCUUACAAGUGGGCCAUUUAUAGAUGACAACUGCAGAUGGAGAGGACUGUACUCCGGACAACAAAAAUUGUUCCUGCAGCUGCUCUCAGCAUUCCAUCCAGUUACUGGGGAAAUUCAAAUUGUAAUGGCCCCUGGAAGUGACAAUGAACAAGUGCUAGACUCGGACAUAGUGUCCCUGAAGGAAGGAGAAAUGUGGGGUAGGAGGAUACCAAAUGUGGACAGUCUACUGGACGGAAAUGGCAGCCUUGAUGUUAAAUUUAUUAUUUACUACUUCAACUUGUACUAA